AUGAAGUUCCUCCUUACACUCUUUACUGCAUCCACACUCCUUUGUGGCCCAGUCCAGGCCACUUUCUACCAUCUCACCGACAAAUGGGUUGGGCAGGACUUUCUUGACGCCUUUGCUUGGGAAAAUAUCACUGAUCCCACUCGUGGACGCGUCAAUUAUAUUACCCAAGCCGACUCGCUCGCCAUGAAUCUGACUUAUGCUCAUGGUGACCGCUUUAUCAUCAGACCCGAUUCUGUUUCCGUCCUGGACCCCAAUGGCCCCGGCCGGGCCUCGAAUCGAAUUAUUAGCAAGAAGACGUUUGGGCAUAAUACAGUAAUCAUUGCGGACGUCCGCCACAUGCCUCAAGGCUGUGGGACUUGGCCCGCACUAUGGUCGACGGAUGUUCCUUGGCCUGGCGUCAAUGACCUGGGACCGAACCAGAUCACUCUCCAUACCACGGCAAACUGCACCAUGCCGGAGGUGCGGCCGCAGACGGGUACUCCAAGGUUUAACGAUUGCUAUUGGGAAGCGAACAACUAUGCUGCUUGCGGCGUCAAGACGAACAAACCCAACUCGUAUGGACCAGACUUCAACGCUGCAGGUGGAGGAUGGUUCGCCAUGGAACGGACGCCCACUUAUAUUCGCUCGUGGUUCUGGUCACGAAAUGAUCCGACUGUUCCAUGGGAGGUGAAGAAUCCGCACAGUUUCUUCAUUGGUACUCCGUUCUGGGGGCUUCCAGUCGCCAAUUUCCCAAAUAACAGCUGUGACAUCGCCUCCAAGUUUAGUCCCCAUCACGUUAUCAUCAACCUGACGUUCUGUGGCGAUUGGGCCGGUAAUGACUACGGCCUCAGCACCUGCCCUGGCACCUGCGUCGAUUAUGUGAAUAAUAAUCCCCAGGCGUUUGUAGAUGCUUACUGGGACAUCGCUUCGAUCCGUAUGUAUGGAUGGUAG